CGAAAUCGAGUGUUGGAUAUUUUAUUGUACGAAAAUUCGAAAUCGAAGCAUUUCGCGAUCGUGAUCAUUAGGAGCAUCUAGAACAUAGCUAGGAUGAUUCUCAGGCACGUGUUCUUAGUGACGUUAUGUCAUCUCGUCAACGGAGGGAGUGUGGACUAUCAACGUUAUGAUGGCUGGUACAACAACCUCGCAAACCCCACAUGGGGUGCAACAGACACUCAUCUGAGCAGGAAACUCCCUCCAAGAUACGAUGAUUCAACUUAUGCAAUGAGCAUGCGCAAUCGGCCCAACCCUCGUGACGUAACGAAUGGUAUUUUUAGAGGCCAGGGUGGAAUUGCUUCUGGGAUGAACAGAACGACUCUGUUUGUAUUUUUUGGCGAGUUUGUUGCCCAUGAAUUAUUUGAUGUUACCAUGCCAUCCUGUCCAGUGGAGCUCAAUAUGGUGUCCAUAGAAAAGUGUGACGCUCAUUUGGAUCCUGAUUGCAAAGGAGGGCAAUCUAUGCCAUAUCUUAGAAGCGACUUUGAUCAUAAGACGGGCCAGCAACCGAACAGAGCUAGGAUUCCGUUCCUUCCCCAGCUAAACAGAGUCUCAAGUUGGAUCGACGGAAGUUUCCUCUACGGUAAACAUGGCGUCUGGUCAUCUGUCUUAAGGUCAAGGUCAGAUGGCAAGUUGAGUACGUCUGACGAUAGAGGGCACUACCCAGGCCUUAACAAAGCUGGACUUCCGUUGAAAAGCUUGCCGAAACAGGAGGACAGAGAGAUACAAAACAUCUAUGAAAAGUGGAUGUUUGGUAAUCCAUACAGCCAUGAGAACCCCGCCUUAAUGUCAAUAUCUCUCAUUUGGUUUCGUUGGCACAAUCUCAUGGCCGACGUCAUCAAAAUGGAGGAUCCAAACUUGGAUGAUGAGGCCAUCUAUCGGCGGGCGAGGAGGUGGACAAUUGCUACAAUGCAGAACAUCAUCAUGUACGAAUGGCUUCCGGUCUUCCUGAACGAGACGGCCCCACCCUACGAUGGUUAUUUUAACUCUGUUUACCCUGCGCUGUCACCCCUCUUUACCACGGCCAUGCAGUUCUACCAGACAUCAAUCCCACCUGGCAUCUACCUAAGGGAUGAAAAAUGCAACUUCCAGCCUCUCGACAACAAGACAGACAACGUAAUCCGGCUUUGCAACUCUUACUGGAACUCCCAGGCUAUUCUGCAGAGAAGUGGCUUGGAAAAGAUCGUUUUGGGGCUCGCCUCACAAGUCGCUGAGAGAGAGGAUCACCAUGUGGUCGAAGACAUUAGAGGGAUGUUCUACGGCUUGUACCACUGCUCCCGCCUCGAUGCUACAGCUAUAGAAAUAAUGCGAGGCAGAGACUUCGGCCUAUCUGACUACCAGACUGCCACAGCAGCAUUUGGUCUUCAAACGCCUACAAAACUGAAGGAUGUCAACCCAGAACUCUUUGCCAGGGAACCUGAGCUACUCCAAAAUCUGACCAGGCUUUACAACAGUACCAUGGCUAAUCUGGAUGUUUUCGCUGCUAUGCUGCUUGAAGCUGACGGUUCGAAUCCCGGCCCACUUGUCAAGGCAGUUGUCAUGGAACAGUUCAUCAGACUUCGAAAAGCGGACCGAUUCUGGUUCGAGAACCUAAAUAAUGGCCUUUUCAACCAAACCGAGAUUGCCAAGAUAAAGGCAACAACGUUGUCCGACGUGAUACAGAAGAUUCUAAAAGUUCCCGCCUCCUCCAUACAACAAGAUGUCUUCUUUGCAACACAUGCGCCUUGCCAGCAACCAAGACAGAUGACCUCUGAUGACCUUGAACCUUGUUCCCCUCUAUUGGCAGUGGAUUAUUUUGAUGGGAGCGAGAUUACCUUCGUGACAUCUUUCAUUUGCGUUGCUGUUUUCCCGCUUCUGUGCAUCCUGAUCGCCUACAUCAUCGCCAAGAUCAAAAUGAAGAAGCAUGAGAAGUUUACCAAGAAGAAACAACCACCAAGGAAAUCAAUGGCGGUGGAGAUUAUUGAUGCAGUCUUUCCUGACUUUAAGGUAACGGAAUGGCGUGGCAAAGAAGAACCCUGCCGACAGGUUCAACUGGGCCUUGACGUACGGAAAAUGGAACUCCACGUUCUCGACGAAAGGAACACCACGCUUCGAUUAAUCGACCUCAGGUUGCAGCUCGGGGAUGUGGCGAUCAUUACCACCGCGAAGAAUAAGACAAGACAGUUCAAGAAUCUGAUCAACUUCCACGUGAAGAAAGGAUACGAUUUGGUGAUUGAAAUGGCCAACUCAGAAGAUCGUAACUCCUUCAUCGCCCAGUUGGGACUCCACAUCAACAAGAUCGGGAAACGCUUACAGUGCAACUCUACCACCGUUGAUGUUCUCCUCAAGAAGGCUGUCACAAAGCAGAAAAGGAAAGACCUGCUGGAAACCUUCUUCAGGGUUGUCUUCGCGCAGACUUACCAGACUGAACAUGAACGGAAGGUUUCAGCGACCGCACGGGGAGAGAGAGAACAACCAAUUCAACCAACUGCGAUUCCGCCCACAGCUGCCGAAGGGAAGAUAUCUAAAGAAGUUUUGGCAUGUGAACUUACGAAGCACGAGUUUGCGGAAUCACUUGCCAUGGAAGAUAACUCGUUGUUCGUUGAGAAUCUCUUUUCGCUGGUGGAUACGGACAACAGUGGAUCAAUAUCCUGUAUAGAGCUCAUGAAGACCGUCGUGCUGAUGACUAAAGUUGAGUCAAUUUUCUUCUUCAGUGGUAGCGCAGAGGAAAAGCUCAGGUUGUUCUUUCGUAUUUAUGAUGCUGAUGGGGACGGGUACUUAGACAGGAAGGAGCUGGAGAUGAUGCUGAGGUCACUGACAGACAUGGCGAAAGCUAGACUGGAGACAAGCGAUAUGGCGGACCUCAUGGAAGGCCUAAUUGAGAGUGCUGGAGGGACGGAGAGGGGACAAAUCGGAUUCGAUCAGUUUAAGAUGUUGUUUCAGGAGCAGAUUAACCGGUUCGGCACGCUCAGCUUUGACUGGAAAGGCAUUGGAAAGGAAUCACGGGAACUUGGAAAUCAGGCCACAGGGUCCAAAUCUGACAGCAAGACUUUUGGAGAGCUAACGGAGAAGGAGGAAUACUCCCCUGGAAAGGCAAGGUGGAAGGCCUUCAAACGGUAUCUUCAGAACUACAGGCAACACAUCUUCAUCCUAAUUAUUUUCUUCGGGGUAUCAAUUGCUUUAUUUACGGAGAGGUUUGUUCAUUACCUGAUAUAUUUCGAAGACAAGGGGCUCCGGCGCUUGCUCACGAUUGGCCUACCGAUGUCACGUGGCGGCGCUGCAGGAAUGUCCUUCUGCUUCAGCGUGAUCCUGCUGACUAUGUGCCGAAACAUCAUCACGCUCCUCCGCCAGACGUUCCUUAACCAAUUUAUCCCCUUCGAUAGCAAUGUUGCUUUCCACAAAGUCAUUGCUUGGACUGCUGUGUUUUACACUGCUUUGCAUGUUAUUGGUUACUCCUUCAACCUCUACCACAUUGGAAGUUUAUCAAUCGAAUCCAUGUGCGUCAUGGAGUAUUUCCACUUCAGACCAGAUUCGCCACCGAAGUUAGACUUCUGGUUCUACCAGAACACGUCUGGUCUGACUGGCGUCCUCCUCUGCCUCAUCAUAGUAGUGAUGUACGUAUUCGCCAGCCAGCCGGCCAGGCGAUACAUCUUCGACGCAUUCUGGAUGACCCACGUCCUCUACGUCGCGCUGUACAUCUUGACCCUCAUCCACGGUUUCAACAGGAUCAUCCAGAAUCCCUUCUUCAUAUUCUACUUCAUUGGACCACUCCUCCUGUUCGCGUUUGACAAGAUGAUCAGCACCAGCACCAAACACAUGAGUUUGUCAGUGAUAAAAGCGACACUGCUACCCUCAGGUGUUACCUACCUCGAGUUCAAGCGCCCCCGGAACUUCACCUAUCUCUCCGGGCAGUGGGUGCGCAUCGCCUGUGUGGGUCAGGGGAGACGAGAGUUUCACCCCUUCACUCUGACUUCAGCACCCCAUGAGGAAACUCUGGGCGUCCAUAUCAGAGCAGUGGGCCCAUGGACGUGGAAUAUUCGGGAGACGUUUAAACCAGCGAAGCUGAAGACACAGGCGUAUCCUAGGCUGAUCAUGGACGGCCCCUACGGAGCAGGCCAACAGGAUUGGUUCCAGUUCGAGGUGGCCGUACUGGUCGGUGGAGGAAUCGGGGUGACGCCGUAUGCCUCCAUUCUCAAGGACUUCGUCCGCCUCAUAUCAUCCGAGAAUCACCCAAUCAAGUACAAGAUAAAGUGUCAGAAGGUGUAUUUCCUGUGGGUUAGUGGCUCCCACCAUUCAUUUGAGUGGUUUAUUGACAUGAUUCGCGCCGUUGAAGAGGCCGACAAGAGAGGCAUCAUCACCACGCACAUCUUCAUUACCCAGUUCUUCGAGAAAUUUGAUCUAAGGACGACAAUGUUGUACAUCUGUGACGAACACUUCCAGAAGAUCUCCGGCAAGAGUCUGUUUACUGGUCUGAGAGCGACCACUCAUUUUGGUCGUCCACAGUUUGCCAAAUUCCUAACGGCCGUCAGUCAGAUGCAUCCAGAGGUGUACAAAGUCGGAGUGUUCAGCGCUGGUCCUCCUGGUCUAACCCGUGGGAUGGAAAAGGCGUGUGUCACGGCGAGCAAGACUUCGAAGGCCAUCUUCAAGCAUCACUACGAGAACUUUUAGGCAGCAUAAGAGUAAUACAUGUAUAUCAGCUUUUAUUAGUUUUAAUCUUCACACAUACAGCCUGAGGGAUAUGCAAUGGUUUGACAUUGAAUACGAAGAAUCUUGAUGUCUGAGAGAGCGUUCAUUAGAACCCAAUUUGAACGCAUUACGACAUCUAUUUGCCCCUAUCGACCCACAUAAAAGCUCUUUGUGGAGUCGAUGUUAUCAAGAUAAAGACCUGACAACCCUUUGUUAAGACUGUGGAACAAUGCGACUUUAGGCCUUAGGUGCAAGCGGGCUUUGUUUGAAGACAAUAGAUAUGAAGGUGUAUUGAGCUAGGCCUGAUGUCUUUCAACUGGGAGUACAAUGUACAUGUAUAAGGGGUAAAAACACGUCAUGCGAUUACUUCUGAUUUUGUAAUAAACACGCUGAAGAAUCAGUGCAAACCAGCGGUGCAUAAUGCAAAGCAUGCUUGAAGAAGUUUAUUCCCUGAUGAACACAACGUUAUAUUGUUGACGACGCCAACAACACAGUUUUUCCAACAUCGUUGAAAAAUUACACUUUCCAUGGCAGGCUAGCUCGCCACGUUGAAAGGGCCGUUCCAUUCUCGGCAAGCUGGUGAAUUGAUUCUCUUGGGUGAUAAAGCUGCUAACUACCCGAGAUACGUCAUAUCAUAGGGAUAUUAACAUGAUUUUAAUGUCCUGUUGGGUGACCUUUAUCAGAUAUUUACACAAUUAUGGACAUAUGUAUAUUAUUAGUAAUUGGUAUUCUAAUGGGAUUUUACCUUAUAAUUACCAACCUUAACAUUUAUGAGUCCUUCCCGUGGCAUAUAUAUCAAAUGCUUUCUCAAUGUUUGUCUAUUAUAUUUUAUGAAACACAUGCACAUUUCCCUAGUCAUUUUUUGGUCUUUUUGCCUGCAGUAUCACCGACUAAGGAGUUCACCAGACAA